GCGCAGGGGAUUCUUGUCACUCGGAGCUCCGCAGUCUCUUGCCACGCCUUGGCCUGUGCGUGUGUAUGUGCGGUGGGGCUGGACUGCCAUUGCCCUCAUCUGAUUUCAUUUUUUGAAAGAGAGAAGAAGGAAUGAGAAAACGCCAUCUUGGUAAUAACGAGGCGAAUGGCACAGCAAAUCCCGACAUAAUGUGAAUCGACUUCCAGUGACCACAUAAAACGAAAAAAAGAAAAAGAAAAACUAGAAAAGAAGAGAAAAAAAAACACCAGAGCAAGAAAAUAUCGCUAAAAACACGCGCGAGUGAGAGCUGGUUCGCCCCGAGAGCCAUGGCGGCCGAGCGAGCGAGUGAGCGCGAGGUGCGAGUGGUGAGAUAGCUGUCGGGAGAGAAGGCCCCUCAGUGUGGAAUAAAAUGCCUUAGAGUGUGCCCCGGUGACCUUGUGGGGGUCUGGAGACACUCGAGAGAAACGGGGGCGGCAGAGGGGAGAGAUAAGAAGGAGGGGAAUCAGACGGAGCGUAAGGAUCAGAAGGAGAAGAGGAAGGAGAAAGAGAAAGGGCAAGAAGGGAGAUCGUGGAUGACUUGAACAUGCUCUUGCCGGACUCAACAUGUCUGCUUCCUGUUCUUCCCGCGGUGCUUUGGACAGCGACCCUCCUCCUCCACUUCGGCGACGUCCUGCCCUCCUCCUCGCCUCCUCCUGCGCCUCCUCAUGACCGCCACUAUGACCUUAGGACCUUCUUGUACGACGGGGCGGGGGAGAGACUCGCCCCUCACACCCUCAACCUCACACUUCCCCACCACAACGUCACUCUUCCCCAACACAACUUCACACACCCGCCACACAGCCCCACGGACCCCAGAAGUCCGCACCACGACCACGUCCCCAAGCCCCACCCCCUCCUCCCGCCUCCUCCCCUCCCUCCCCACCCCCCCGCCCCCGCCCGCCCCCGGAGCAAGCGCCUGGCCAAGCCGAGUCCCUCCGGCGCCCUCAACUUCACCUGGCCGGCCAAGCGCGUGGUGGUGGUGGAGGGCGACGUGGUGCUGGGCGGCCUCAUGAUGGUGCACGAGCGCCACAACGACCUCGUCUGCGGGCCCAUCAUGCCCCAGGGCGGCGUGCAGGCGCUCGAGGCCAUGCUCUACACGCUGGACUUCAUCAACGACCAGGAGGACUUCAUCCCCGGCGUGAGACUCGGGGCGCACAUCCUCGACGACUGCGACAAGGACACCUACGGCCUCGAGCAAGCCGUCGACUUCAUCAAAGGUCGCAACGUCACCGCUCAGUUCACCUCCAGGAUGGAAAGUUAUCGCCUGUAUUGA